CCCAAAUGUUAACUGGCUCCCUCUCUGUCUCCAGAACAGGGACAACUACAUCCGCUCCUGUAAGCUCCUCCCUGAUGGCCGCACCCUGAUUGUGGGUGGUGAGGCCAGCACGCUGACCAUCUGGGACCUGGCCUCUCCGACGCCACGUAUCAAGGCGGAGCUCACCUCCUCGGCCCCCGCCUGCUACGCACUGGCCAUCUCCCCCGACGCCAAAGUCUGCUUCUCCUGCUGCAGUGAUGGGAACAUUGCCGUCUGGGACCUGCACAACCAGACCCUGGUCAGGCAGUUCCAGGGCCACACGGACGGAGCCAGCUGUAUCGACAUCUCCCACGACGGGACCAAGCUGUGGACCGGAGGUCUGGACAACACCGUCCGCUCAUGGGACCUGAGGGAGGGACGCCAGCUCCAGCAGCAUGACUUCACCUCCCAGAUCUUCUCUCUAGGCUACUGCCCCACAGGGGAGUGGCUGGCAGUGGGCAUGGAGAGCAGCAACGUGGAGGUUCUCCAUCACACCAAGCCGGACAAGUACCAGCUCCACCUGCAUGAGAGCUGCGUCCUCUCGCUGAAGUUCGCCUACUGUGGUAAAUGGUUUGUGAGCACGGGGAAGGACAACCUCUUGAAUGCCUGGAGGACUCCGUACGGUGCCAGCAUAUUCCAGUCAAAGGAGUCCUCUUCCGUCCUGAGCUGCGACAUCUCUGCAGACGACAAGUACAUCGUGACAGGCUCUGGAGACAAGAAGGCCACAGUGUACGAGGUGAUCUACUAGGAACACCAGUUUGACCCCUCCUAGUGGCCUGACGAGGGGAGCUGCUAGCCCCUCCUCCUCCUCUUACUUCACUCACCACACCCCCUAACCUCAAAGACCACCAGGGAUUGGACUACAGACAAUGUCGGCCGAUACCGCUCCCGGAUUGGUGCUCAGGAGGCACCAUGAACUCUGCUUGGCAGUUGGCCUGGCUAUGAUUGGCUAUCGGGUGCAGACUGUAACCCAAUGGGCACUGAAGAUGUAAAUUGUCUUGCUGUUUUUUGAUCUGUUCCUGGGCCUGUUUUUGAGGGUUUAUUUUUGAAGGUGAUGAAUGUUUCUGUAAUGUGACUGGAUGAAGCGGGGCUUUGUCUUUACAACAGUUGCUCCCUGGACGUCUUGUGAAAAUUGUACAUAAUGGAGUAAUAAAGACAUUUUAUAUAUAUAUUAUAAAUAUAUAUAUAUCUAUUUUCAUGUCCUGGUGUACUUGUGACGUUUUUGCUUUCGGCCUCUCCCUUCUGCUUGAUAUUCAAGGGAGAACAGAAAGUAGAAUAAGAUUCUUCUUUUUCUUUUUUUUAAGGAUUUUUGUUUCUUUUUUUUUUUUGAGAGUGUUGAAGCACAUUCUCCAGGCUGACCUUUUUCCAAAUCAAAUGGAAAUGUCUCUCCAAAAACUAAAUGGUCAACCAGAACACGUUUGUGGAGAUUCAAAUGUGAGUUUUGGGAUGGUGCUUUUUUUUCCUUUUUUUUUUUUUUUUUGGAGCUACAAAAAUGUCUGGGAAGUGGAGCCUGCCGGCUCAGGCAGAGCCAUGGAACUCCGUGGAAUACCACAGGACCCCUGCUUGGACCGGCCAAUCAGAGGAGACUGGGGGAUCGGCGAGAGGAGGAGAACAAUGUAAAUUAAAACCAUAUUAAAGAAACUAAAUACGACUUUCUCUGUGCCCUUUUAUGACCCGUCGUCUCUUUUACGUCUUGGAUGGUGUUUUGGGUCGUCUGGUUGAUGUUGAGCGAUGUUGACUUCAAUUCCACUGGAUUAUUACUAGUACGGGCUGACAGACUGGGCUCAUCGGCCGCGUCCCCAGUUCAUAUGGCCGGACACCAUCUGAACAUUGAGUCUGGACCUAACUCUGAUGUAGAACAACCCACAGGGUCAUCUAGACGGGGGGGUUAAGGAGAACAUGCUUCUAUGGAAUCCAUUGAUUUGCUCCUCUAUCCUCAUUUAUCAGUACAUCAUCAUAACCGGACUUGGAUUCCAGUCGAUACACAGUGCCUGUUAAGUGCUAGGGUUGGCUAUUAGGAUCUUUCAAAAUGUAAAACACCAGUUAGCAUUGUGACCAGCAUCUACAUAAUGUUCAGUACCGAGUAGGAUGAAGGUGCCUCUAGACACGGAUCUGUUUGGUACCCAAAUGGUGCUGAGGGUAAGAUGCUCUGUGUCUAAGGGGAAGAUCUUCCUCCACCGUUCAGCUGUUGGGGUGAACACUCAAAUUGUUCACUGCGCCCCAAUACCCGCCUUUCCUUCAGUCAUAACGAGGGGUGAAAUGUGAGCGUCUCCAAUUCACAACCAAAGUAUGUAGCAAAACUGUGUCAGCACUGAACAUAAUGUACAGUUGAUGAUCAUUCAAUAAAGUGUUUUCUUUGUAGAAA